AACCUUGGGAAACGUAGAUGGACGUGCCAUCUACAUUUCGUUUCCAAAACCUUCUUGAAAAAUCUUUCCAAUUUUUAGGAAGUGCGCAUCUCUGGAUAAUAUCCACCUUUGGUGUUGGGCAGUGUCGGCAUAAUAUGGUCAUUAUCACAGAUAAGGUGGCUAUAUCAGCUAUAAUAAUUGACCUGUGGACUCUGUGGUCAUUAUGGUCGGCAGACGUCGGCAGUGUGUGGCAGUGUCAUGGUCGGCACUCGGCACUCUCGGCAGCCGCAACUGUAACCUUCAACCAAAAACUUCACUUCAUGACUUCCUUCAACCUAUUCAAAAUUUGAUAAAAAAUAUCCUUGUCAUAACAUCAUUUUCAUACAUAUCCUUAUCCUUACCAAGAAGUAAGAAAGUACCUUAUCUUUUUGGAUAAAUUUGAAUCAAUCUAUAAGUAAUCUAUGAUAAGAUUGAUAAGAAGUAAAAACUCAAGAUCGAUAAGUGAUUUGAUUUGCUUAUUCUAUAGUCAUAUAAAAAAGUAGGCGAGGGUGAAAAUAUUCCAUUAUAUAUAAAAAUGUUUUCAAAGAUAGUGAGAAAUGGAAACAAUCGCCCUUUCAUCAAUUCUUGUAGGGGUUGGUUCUCUACGACUUCUCAUGACCAUGAAAAACAUAGCUGCAAGUUAUUGAUUGUUGGUGGUGGAACUGGUGGAUGUGCAGUGGCUGCAAAAUUUUCAAAAGUAAUGAAGAAGCAGGAACUUAUAGUGCUAGAACCUUCAGACUAUCACUAUUAUCAACCUCUUUUUACUCUCAUUGGGGCAGGAGUUGGGACACUUGAGGGAUCUAGAAAAAAAACAAGGGAUGUGUUACCUGAUAAUUGUAUCUGGAUACAAGACAAAGCAGAUGGAUUUGAUCCAAAAUCUAAUAUAGUGAAGACCAAAAAAGGGAACAUAAUCAAAUAUGAUUACUUACUCAUCUCUGUUGGCAUUGAACCUCAGUUUGAAGUGAUUCCUGGUUUAUUGGAGGCAUUGAGUAGACCAGGAGGAGUAUGUUCAAAUUACUCUCCGAAAUAUGUGAAUGGAACAUAUGAAGCUCUGAAGAAAAUCAAGUCAGGAAAUGCCAUUUUUACUUAUCCCAAUUCACCAGUUAAAUGUCCUGGUGCACCACAAAAAAUAUGUUACCUAGUUGACCAUUAUUUAAGAAAGGAGGGAAAAAGGAACGAUGUGAAAAUAACGUACAAUAGUUCAUUGCCUGUGAUAUUUGGCGUAAAGAAAUAUGCCGAUGCUUUAUGGAAAGUUGUUGAAGAUCGUGAUAUAAAUGUGAAUUUGAGGACCAAUUUGAUCGAGAUAAAUUCUGAUAAGCAAGAAGCUACAUUCCAAAAUUUAGAUAAACCAGAAGAAAAAAUGACUAUGGAGUAUUCCUUGCUGCAUGUAACACCACCUAUGGCAACUCCCAAAGCCUUGAGUGAUUGUAAAGAACUGACGAAUAGUGCUGGUUUUGUUGAUGUUAACAAGGAUACCCUUCAACAUUUGAGGUAUUCCAACGUUUUCACUAUCGGGGAUUGUAGUUCCACACCCAAUUCGAAAACAGCAGCAGCUGCAGCUGCUCAAAGUAAUGUGGUGCAGAAAAACUUGAGUGCUGUGAUGCAAGGAGAACCUCCUCAAUCCAUUUAUGAUGGCUAUGCAUCAUGUCCUCUGGUAACUGGGUAUGAUAAGUGUAUUUUGGCUGAAUUCGAUUACAACCUGACACCACUGGAAACGUUCCCAUUUAGUCAAGAUAAAGAAUUGUAUUCCAUGUAUUUCAUGAAAAAGAACCUAAUGCCACCAUUGUAUUGGCAUUUGAUGCUCAAUGGGUAUUGGAAUGGUCCUGCUCCUCUGAGGAAACUAAUGCAUCUGAAUCUAAAUGGUGAAAAAUGAUCAUAUAUGAAUAUAGUAUUUAAGUUCAAGAUGUAUUUUAUAUACUAACAUAGCAAUUGAUCAAAACAGUAUAUUUUAUUAAGAGAGUUAAUAUAUAUAUAUAUUUUUAAUGUU